CUAGCCGUUACCAUUAAACUGAAAAUCGACAUCAUCUCUCAAGUUUCAGGAGACUUCUCUCUCUCUCUCUCUCUCUCUCUCUCUCUCUCUCUCUCUCUCUCUGCAGAUUCUUCCUGUAACCCUAACAAAGACAGAGUCCUUUAUGGUCGACCAAUUUGUGUCCUUUAAGGGGCUUCAUCUCUUCUUCGAUAUUCUGUAGUAAGAGUACUAGACCUUAGGGUUUGGAGCCUCAUCCCAGAAGCAAAUCUUGAUUUUCCGGCCUUCUUCACAAAUACAUCGCCUCUUCUUUGUUACUCUUCUAUUCGAACUAUCCGAAUUGAGACAAUUAAGACUGAGAAAAGUAAAAGAUGGUUGCGUCAACACCAGCCACACCAGCAUCGAAAAUCAGGAGAAUCGCUUCAUGUACACCCAGGGGUCCAAAGGCUCGGGAGGAAAAUAUACUUGUUACUGUUCGAGUCAGGCCUCUGAGCUCAAGAGAACAGACGGCAUAUGACCUUAUAGCUUGGGACGUCGCAGAUGAACAUACAGUUGUAUCUAGGAAUUUAAAUCAUGAACGGCAUUCGGGACCAUACACGUUUGAUAGAGUUUUUGACCCAACGUGCUCAACUCAUAAGGUUUACACAGAAGGUGCCAGGGAUGUUGCUCUCUCUGCUCUAAAUGGCAUUAAUGCAACAAUUUUUGCAUAUGGGCAGACUAGCAGUGGUAAGACAUUUACCAUGAGAGGAAUAACUGAAAAUGCUGUCAAAGACAUCUAUGAUCACAUCAGGAAUAAUCCUGAGAGGGACUUCAUUCUAAAACUUUCUGCUCUGGAAAUCUAUAACGAAACUGUAGUUGACCUCUUAAAUCGCGAAUCUGGCCCUCUUCGGCUUCUGGAUGAUCCUGAGAAAGGGACGAUUGUGGAGAAGCUAAUGGAAGAGGUUGUUAAUGAUGGCCAACAUUUAAAUCAGUUAAUUGGUAUUUGUGAAGCUCAAAGACAAGUUGGAGAAACUGCUCUAAAUGAUAAAAGCUCAAGAUCACAUCAGAUAAUUAGACUGACUAUAGAGAGUAGCCUGCGAGAAAACUUGGGCUGCGUACAAUCUUUUUUAGCAAGUCUGAAUCUUGUGGACCUAGCAGGGAGUGAACGUGCCUCUCAAACAAAUGCAGAUGGAACUAGGUUGAAGGAAGGGAGCCAUAUUAACCGCAGCUUAUUGACCUUGACAACCGUGAUUAGAAAGUUAAGUGGUGGAAAGAGGAACAAUCACAUACCUUACAGAGACUCGAAACUCACGAGAAUAUUGCAGACUUCACUUGGAGGAAAUGCUCGAACAGCAAUUAUAUGUACUAUGAGUCCUGCCUUAAGCCAUGUGGAACAAUCACGGAAUACUCUCUCAUUUGCUACUAGUGCAAAAGAAGUAACAAACAAUGCCCAAGUAAACAUGGUUGUUGCAGACAAGAAAUUGGUGAAGCAUUUGCAAAAGGAAGUUGCCAGACUUGAAGCAGAGCUCCGGAGUCCAGAGCCUUCUUCCUCUUCAUGUGUGGAGACAUUGCUGAUGGAAAAGGACUUGAAAAUCCAGCAGAUGGAGAGGGAGGUGAAAGAGCUGAAGCACCAACUUGAACUUGAAAGAAGUGCAAACAAUAAUCCAAAGGGGUUAAACCUAGAUAGCCAGUCUCGUAAAGUAUCAAAGUGUCUUUUUUCUUCUGUUGAGAAUGAGAGUACAUCUCUAGUCCAAUCUCGCAAAAGAAAGGCACUUGGAAGGAAGACGGCAGUGAGGCAGUCUGCUACUUCUGCGGAUCCAUCAAUGCUUGUCCAUGAAAUCCGAAAGCUUGAGAUGCUGCAGAAGCAGCUAGGUGAAGAAGCUAAUCGAGCACUUGAAGUUCUUCAAAAGGAGUUUUCAUCAAAUAAGCUGGGUAGUCAAGAUGCAUCUGAAACGAUAGAAAAGCUUCUGUCAGAGAUAAAGGAUAUGCGAGCAGUUGCUUCUCUUCCGGAACAGUUUGAUUUUAGAGAUAAAGCCAGUUUGAAGGAAGAGAUAAACCGGUUGAAUACUCAAGGAAGCAGUAUUGCUUCUUUAGAGGAGAAGCUUGAGAACGUCCAGCAGUCAAUAGACAAGCUGGUCAUGUAUUUGCCAAGUAGUGAGGAUAGUUCAGACUCCAAGAACCAAUUGAAGAAGAAAAAAAUUCUCCCUUUCACCUUAAGCAAUUCCGCCAACAUGCCGAAUCUCAUACGGUCUCCAUGCACUCCUUUAUCCUCCUCUCGCAAAUUAAUGGAACAUGAUAGCGAGAACAGGGCCCCAGAAAAUAGUUAUGGUGCCUCUGGAGGGGAUACAUUGCGGGGGAAUAAACUGACUCCAACAAAGAAAGAUGUGAAUAAUAACCAUGUAUCCUCGAAGGAUGGUACUCCUGCACCACGGCAAUCCAACACAGUCAAUGUGAAGAAAAUGCAAAAGAUGUUUAAGACAGCUGCCGAGGAGAACAUUCGAAACAUCAAAGCUUAUGUCACUGAGCUGAAAGAACGGGUGGCAAAGCUACAAUACCAGAAACAGCUUCUGGUUUGUCAGGUGUUGGAGCUGGAGGCAAAUGAUGUUAUGAAUGAGGAGACAGAUUCAGUUGAUCAAUCUCCCAUGUCAUGGCCUUUGAUGUUUGAGGAUCAAAGACAGCAAAUCAUUAUGCUGUGGCAUUUGUGUCAUGUUUCGAUAGUACAUCGCACACAGUUUUACUUGUUAUUCCGAGGAGACCCUGCUGAUCAGAUAUACAUGGAAGUUGAGCUUAGAAGGUUGACAUGGUUGGAACAGCAAUUGGCAGAAGUUGGCAAUGCAAGCCCCGCCCUCUUAGGUGAUGAACCUGCGGGCUCUGUUGCAUCAAGUGUCAGGGCUUUGAAGCAGGAAAGAGAAUAUCUAGCGAAGAGGGUAAGUUCAAAAUUAACACCGGAAGAAAGAGAGAUGCUGUACAUGAAAUGGGAUAUUCCACCGGAAGGAAAACAAAGGAGGAGGCUGCAACUGGUGAACAAAUUGUGGACAGAUCCUCUUAACAUGCAACAUGUACGAGAGAGUGCUGAAAUUGUUGCAAAGCUUGUUGGAUUUUGCGAAUCUGGUGAACACGUUUCCAAGGAGAUGUUUCAACUUAAUUUUGUAUCUCCUUCUGACAAAAGGCCAUGGAUGGGCUGGAAUUUGAUAUCAAAUCUCUUGCAUUUGUAAGAAACACAUGUAGUUGUUAUUCAUUCUAGUUACUGACCUUUUCAA